GAUAGUUAGAAUUUGGCACCAUUGAAUUCAGAUAAGCUAUUUAGCUAGUUGUUUCAGCAAUGGGUGUCUUUUAUUCAAAAAGAAAAAUCCCCGAUGAUGUCUAUAGAUUUUGGUCAGCUGUUGCAUCGUCGGUUCGGCUUGGGUGGCUUGGGACAGACCGUACGGAUAAGGAGAUGAAGGUGUGCCAACUUGCACUUUUCCCUCUGCUGCUGAAUGACUCUGCCUUACAAGGCGACAUCGUCGGUCUGGAGGGACACCUGCAGCAAGGCGCUGACGUGUCCACGGCAGACGCGCGCGGUCGGACCCCUCUUCACGUGGCGGCAGGGGAGGGUGAUCUGGAGAUGGUGGAGUUCCUGCUGCAGAAGGGGGCCGAGGUCAACUGCAGGGAUGUGGAACGGGAGACCCCGCUCCGAGACGCCAUCCGCAGCAAUCUUGCCUUCCUGGGGGACUCAGAACAGAUGGAGGUGUGGAAGAAGGCUGGGGCAUGCUUUAACUUAACAGAUGCUGACGGCAGGACCCCCUUACAUGUGGUGGUUUCCUCUAAUCAGCCUGAGAUGGUCAAGUUCUGCAUCUGCAAUGGUUCAGAUCUGGAGCUAAGAGAUGCAUACAACAACCUGCCAGUGGAUGAUGCCAGACGGCUUGGUUAUGAAGAUUUAGUGAAGAUGCUAACCGAGGAAGCCCAGAGGCAGAGUCAGAAACGAGCAGCUAAGCGGACACUGGAGGAUUAAAUGCUGUAAGCAAUGGAUUCUUGGCCCUGUUUUUAUUUAAAGCCUUGCUCAGGUGUUUCAGCUUUUUUUUUUUUUUACAAAAUUAUUUUUAGUUUUUAGAUAUCUUUCUGAAUAUCUUUCUUGACAAAAGAGUCGCUAAUUUAUCAGUUUAAAGUACCUCAAAUUACCCAGAUGUUAUCAGUUUAUAUUUUAUCAUUUUGU